AUGUUCGCCAAGACUUUCUCUGCUAUUGCGGUUCUCGCUGCUGCCUACGUGGUUGCACAGGACCCCAGUUUCAAGGUCAACACUCCUCCCUCGGCCACUCAGUGCCAGCCCCUGAAGAUUCAGUGGACUGGCGGCGAGGGACCGUUCUUCCCCAAGAUCACCAAGGCUGGCGACACCUCGCAGCCCAUGGAUGUGGGCCUCCAAGACAAGGUUGACUCCAACUCUUUGACCUGGAAGGUUAACCUUCCCGCCGACUCUAAGUUCACUAUCUCUGUCGGUGACAGCCAGGGCAACACUGCCAACUCUGCCGUUGUCAGCGUUCUUAAGGGUGAUGACUCUUGCGUUGGCAACAAGGGCAGCUCUGGUGGUGCCGCUGCUGGUGGUGCCGCUGCUGGUGGUGCUGCUGGUGGUGCCGCUGGUGGCUCUGGCUCCAACUCGAAGGGUAGCUCUGGCUCCGAAGGUGGCAAGUCGAAGAGCUCUGGCGGUGGCUCGAGCUCGAAGAAGGAGUCGAGCUCUUCCAGCGCUCCUUCUUCUUCUAGCAGCGCUCCUUCCUCUGCCACCAGUGAUGCCGGUGCCGGUGGAGCUUCUUCUGCCGAGAGUGCGCCUGCGGAGUCUCCUUCUCCCUCUUCCGACUCGAACGAGGGUGACAACGGUGCCAACAACGCUGCAUCUACUUUCAGCGGUCUCCCCGCCGUUGUUGCCGGCGUUGUCGGCGUUGCUGUCGCUGCUCUUAUCUAA